UAGCAUUCUACUUAAUCGUUUCCUGGCAACCGAGGUAAAGUUUGUUUACAUGUUUGAUCGAUAAAACAAUUUAAACAAACACAUUUUUGAACAACUCUCUGAAGAGAAGAACUUUUUUGUUCAAAAAAAUGUCUAAAACCAUAACUGAAGACCCUGAUUUCAAAAAUUUUGAAUCAAAAGUCAAUCAAGUUAUGCAGAUUCUUGAAAACAUGAAUUCGGGGGAUCCUGUGAUGGAGGCAGCUGCGAUGAAGAACGCCGAUAAUUUUCUUGACGGGAAAUCCAAGGACUUUAGUGACAUUGAUGAAGAUAAUUUUAUUGUAAAAGUGCGAGAAAAUCGUACCUUAAUCAAUAAAAGCGGUGGUGGUGGAUCCGAUGCCGACACACCAAAUGGCCAAAUGGACAAGUUUACAUUCAUGCAACAAAUCGAACAGGACGCAGCGAAAAGAAAUGAAGUACGACAGGAGCGUGAAAAAAUAGCUCAACAUUUUCGAAAAUUAGGAAAUGAUGCCUAUCAUAAACAAGAAUUCGAAAAAGCUAUUAAUAUGUUUACAAAAGCUAUAGAUCAUGUUAAGGAUAGUCCAAUUCUUUAUAAUAAUCGGGCACUCAGUUAUAUGAAAUUAAAAGUACAUAAAAGAGCAAUUAUUGAUUGUGAUUUUGUCAUUAAUAAAUUGGACGAUAAGAAUUUACGUGCUUGGUUAUAUAGAGCAGCAGCUUAUUACAAAUUGGGAGAUGAAAAGAAUUUCGAGACUAGCAUUAAAUGGGCAAAGAAAAAUAAUUCCAAGGAAUUGGAAACAAUUGAGAAAUUUGUUGCAAAUGUAAAGAAUGAACAAUUUUGAAAUACAAAAAUUAUUUAUUUAA